GCUGAUUGUUGCUGCCAGGUGACAGCUAUGGGGUUAAUAAUGUCUGGGUGGGGUUUGAGUUGAGGAAAGGAUGUGACCAUUUGAGCCAGGAAGCUACAAGGGAGAAAGUCAGAUUAAAAAAAACCCAACCCCUACAUGCUUGAGUUCUUUUAUGAUUGUGUGCUCACAAGCUUUUCUGAGCCCAAACAAGCCCAUAACCACUUCCGGGUGAGUGAAAAGCCGGCUGGCAGAGGCUCUCACCUGUGGGGACCGUGGCAGGCAGCAGGGCCUGGCUUCUUUGGAAGGGUUUGUUUUUGAAUCCAAGCAAAUGGCUGGACCCGAGUCCGGCAGAAAGCGGCUGAAGACAGUGCAUGUAGACCCUGACUGGCCUGGGACAAGUUGACCGCAGGAACCAGACCAGACAAGACAGGAAAAAGCAGAGCUCCUGGCUUUGCUGCGGGCCCUCUGGCUAAGCUCUCAGGGGAUUCCUCUGGACUGGUCCUGGCUGGGAGGAAAGCUGAUAUCGGCCUUUAUCUGAGCAGUUCACAGAGAGAGAUUCCAGAAUAAAGGUCAUGGCAGAUCUCUGUGACACGGCUCCCAACAUCCUUUACCCAUCGAAGAAUCAGGUCCUGGUGCCAACCCUGGGUAGCAAGAUCACUCUGAACUGCACAUUCUCAGUGGCGUUCGAGGGCCACUGCCCCCCUGCUAUCCAGUGGCUGAAGGACGAUCACCUGCUGGGAAAUCAAAGCCUCUAUGACAUUCAGGAAGUCUUCUGGGAUGGGGUUAACGUGUCUGAAAGGAUUGUGUCCAGUACCCUGGGAGUCAACCUAACAAGUGUCCAGGACUAUGGGACCUUCACCUGUGCACUCCGGAACUGUAGCACCUCAUUCACUCUGCAGAGGACAGAUCCUGCUGGCCACGUUCUAGCUGUCCUAGCCUCCCUUCUGGUCCUGCUUAUCCUGCUCGUGGCUGCCCUGCUUUAUGUAAAAUGUCGCCUCCGUGUGUUGCUCUGGUACCGGGACAAGUAUGGGGAUGUGGAAAUGAAUGAUGGGAAGCUCUACGAUGCUUACAUCUCUUACACCAGCUCUCCAGAAGACAGGAAGUUUGUGAACUUCAUCCUGAAGCCCCAGCUGGAGAAUCGGCAUGGCUACAAGCUUCUCCUAGAUGACAGAGAUGUCCUUCCUAACUCAGAGCCCUCUGCAGACCUGAUUAUGAACCUUAGCCGGUGCCGGCGGCUUAUUGUGGUCCUGUCAGAUGCUUUCCUGGCUCAGGCCUGGUGCAGACACAAUUUCAGGGAUGGCCUGUGGAGGCUCCUCGAAUUGUCCCGAAAGCCCAUCUUCAUCACAUUUGAGGGUCAGACCCACAUUUCUUCACACCCUGCUCUCCGACUGCUUCGGCAGCACCGGCAUGUUGUGACCCUGCUGCUGUGGAAGCCGGGCUCUGUGACACCCUCCUCUGAUUUUUGGAAGGAACUGCAUCUAGCCCUGCCACGAAAGGUACACUACAGGGCCCUGAUGAGUGACCCCCAGACUCGGCUGCAGGGGGACAAAGAUCCCAUGCUGACUCUCCACGGUGGCUUCCUGGAGGGUCGGCCUGGUCCAGACCCAGACCCCGAUCCCGAUCCUGAAGGAGAUUUGGGUGUUAGGGGACCCAUCUUUAAAGACCUCCCCCCUCCACGCAUGAACCCCAUCCCCGAGCUGCCAAGCCUUAAGGCUUCUGGUGCAGAAAUCCAGCGGAAUGAGAUUGAUGUCUCUGACCUGGGGUCCCGUAACUAUGGGGCCCGCACUGACUUUUACUGCCUGGUCACUGAAGAUGACAUGUAGGCUGUGAAGGACGUCCCACCUGCCUUUACUCAGAGGAAAAGAGCCUUGGAAAUGUGGGAUAGAGGGCCUUAGGCUUGGGGAAAGAGCCUUGGACAAAGGGGACUCAGGGCUUUAGAUUUGGGGAAAGAGCCUGGGAAAAGGGGGGGCUGAGGGCCUUAGACUUGGGGAAAGAGCCUUGGACAAGGGGGACUCAGUGCCUUAGAUUUGGGGAAAGAGCCUGGGAGAAGAGGGACCCUUAGAGGAGCAGAACCUUGGCCUGGGGAGCAUGACUUUGGAUGGGGAGCAGCAGGGAAGAGAAGAGCCCUUCCUUCUUUUAAAUCACAAGUGGGUGCAACUGAGCCUCUUUCUUCUUCUAUGGAACGAGAGCCUGGGCUGAGUGACACCCUGAUAAUUCUUUCAGCCUGAGGUGUAGGCCCCUGUGCCCCUGCUCCUUCUCGUGAGAUGCAGGCUGCCCAGAGCCCAGAUGGCCUUGAACCCUGGGCUUCAUCCUGUUCCUCUGUUCCCCCAAUAAAGUGGCAAUUCCUACA